AUGAUGACGAUCGCGUGGCCUUACUUGGUUUGGUCCCAAGCUUCACCAUUGGUUCUUUUAGCUUUCAUACUCUUCACUUCAUGUGUUGCAUACUUCGUUUUGCGAAUUUGGUCGUCAGAAACAACGCGCUUGAUCGACAAAGAUAAUAAGGAUAAAGCUGCAGAUCAUCGUCGAGCACCUGUGGUUGAAACUAGAGUGAAAUCGAGCGAAGGGGGAUCAAGGAGAACGUCAACGGACGGGCGGCGAGGCUCAAGUUUUGGGCCCAACGUGGAUCCUGUGAUGGCGUUAGAGAUCAAGUCUUUGCGGGAGUCGAUGCUGCAUGCGCAGGCGACGGGGGACAAGGAACUUGAGUGCAUGUCCUCGAUUAUUCUUGCAGAGAAGUGUCUUUCCGUCUCGGAGUUGGAGCGUGCUAUUCGUUCCGGUAUGCAGGCGCUAGAAGUGGCUAGGUCCGCGCAGGAUCGAUCGAUGGAAGGAAGAGCGAAUGAGAUUCUUGCGCGGAUACACUUGCAGUUGCACCAGAUCGAUCAUGCGUCGAAGUACGCGAACCAGGCUCUAAACAUCUCCAAGGCGAUACAGAACAAGAAGCUGGAGGGAGAGGCCUGUGCCAUUCUUGUCCACUGCCUUCUGCAUUGCUCAGAGUCAAACAAGAAUCAGCAUGGCGAGAGAAGGGUUGUGAGACCUCCUUCGUUCAAUCAACUCGCCGCUCCUCCAGCCCGACAGCGCCAUUCGCUCACUUCCAACAGUGAUCGGUUUCAGAAGAGCAGCACGAAUGCUCGAAUCCUGCGGCAAGCGAAGAUUGAGGAGAACAUCUCAAGAGCGUUGAGCCACUCGAAUGAGAUUGACGCUUUCAAUAGCGAAAUGUCAAACAACGGUCCUAAUUGCAACUUGUUUGUUCGCAGGAGUUCAUUCUGA